GCAAUUCGUUCAACAGACAAUGAUGCUAUGGGAUCAAGACUAUCUGCGAUCAUGCAGAGAUACAUCCCUGGAGAUCCUUUCACGCCAAUGUUGGCUUCCAAUGAAGCAUCAACUUCGGCAACAAUCUCAAGACGAUCUCCGAUAAUCAAUAUUGGCACAUACUUACGUAGUAGGGCUAUCGAUCGUUUGGUUCACAACUUUCUCGUUCAAUCGAAUUCACCAAAACAGAUUCUUAGCUUGGGAGCAGGUAGUGAUUCACGCUUUUGGCGGUUAGAGUCUGAUCCUGCGAUCACAACACUAAGCCAUUAUGUCGAGCUGGAUUUUCCACAUCUCACAACAGCCAAAGUAGGAAGGAUACGCAGAAGACAAGAACUAGCGGCAGGUAUCGGAAAAGAUCUGUGGAUAUCUGAAGAUCAGUCUUGUUUCCAGACAGAACGAUAUUCUUUGAUCGCUUGUGAUUUACGCACACUGCCCGAAGAUCAAAACGCAACCUCUAUCCUAAAGAAGCAUUUGGAUUCAAGUAAAGAAACGUUGAUCAUUGCAGAAUGUGUCUUGGCAUAUCUUUCGCCAGGAGAAUCAAAUGCAUUGCUGUCGUUCUUGGGCAAAUUGCUUUCACAACCUUCUGCGUUGUGCUAUGAAAUGUGUGUGGCUGGUGAUGAUGCCAUAAUCCGCGAUGCACCACCUUCGAGAUUUGGAAGUGUGAUGUUGUCGAAUUUGCAAAGUAGAUCGUUGGAUAUGCCGGGUGCCAGAGCAUUUUCUACUUUAUCAUCACACAAAGAUCGAUUUCAAAUCGGACUUGGUCAAUCGGAUUUGCACGGAAAUGGCAAGGGUGUCGUAAGAACCUUGAAAAAUGUCUGGCAAGGAAUUGAAGAAGAGGAAAAACAAAGAUUAUCCAGAUUGGAAGGAUUGGACGAAGUGGAAGAAUUGGAGAUUUUGCUGGCACAUUAUGCAAUCAGCUGG